AAUUUGCUGAUCAUGCCGGGGGUGACAACGACAACGAAAACGCCAGAAAAAGCUGUAAACGGUGUUACAGAAGAGCCAAAGAAAGAUCCAGAUGUCUUGACACUAGAAGACAUCAGAGAACAUGUUCGACAUAUCGAGAAAUCAGUCUCCACAAAGGAGCCUCGGUAUUUGUCGCGUGUCAUGCGUGGUCUUGUGGGUAUUAGACGCAGACUCAACCCAGUGGUACUAAGGAAGCUGUUGAAUGGCUACAUGGUCAACCAGGCGACACAAAAGGAAGAACUCUUGAAGUUCCUCGCUGAGCCGAUGGAGUCAGAUGGACCAGAAACACCGUUCAGACCGAGGUCAGGCAAAGCAGCAAACAUUGCAUUAAUACCGGAAGUAGAGACCUAUCUUCACCUCCUUAUAUUGAUUCAUUUGAUUGACCUACAGAAAUAUGACAUGGCUGUAAUGUGUGCAGAGUUGUUGAUGUCAAAGAUUGUAAUGCAUAACAGACGUAGCCUCAACAUGCUGGCAGCAAAAUGCUACUUUUAUUAUUCCCGAGCCUAUGAGCUUACAAAAAAAUUAGACAAAAUCAGAUCUUUCCUCCAUGCCCGACUGCGUACUGCUACCCUGAGGUCAGACUAUGAUGGUCAAGCCUCUCUCCUCAACCUACUUCUGAGGAACUACCUUCAGUUCAACCUUAUAGAACAGGCCGACAAGCUGGUAUCUAAGUCCACCUUCCCUGAGAGUGCUUCUAAUAACGAGUGGGCCCGACAUCUCUACUAUUUAGGAAGAAUAAAAUCUGCCCAGCUGGAAUAUUCUGAGGCACAUAAAUAUUUGCUACAGGCCUUAAGGAAAGCUCCUCAGCACAGUGCUGUAGGCUUCAAACAGACAGUGCAGAGGCUGGCCAUUACGGUGGAGCUGUUGUUAGGAGAUAUCCCAGAUAGACAUGUGUUCAGACAGAAAUCAAUGAGAAAGACACUGGCUCCAUACUUCCAACUCACCCAGGCUGUGAGGACGGGAAACCUAGCCAAGUUUAAUGAGACACUACACAAAUUUGGCUCCAAGUUCCAGGCUGAGGAUACCUACACACUUAUCAUCCGUCUGCGUCAUAAUGUGAUCAAAACAGGCGUGAGGAUGAUUAAUCAGUCGUACUCUAAGAUCUCUUUGAUGGACAUUGCACAGAAGUUGAUGCUGGAUAGCCCGGAGGAUGCAGAAUAUAUUGUAGCAAAGGCUAUCCGUGAUGGAGUGAUUGAAGCCACCAUUGACCAUGAACAGGGCUAUGUUCAGUCUAAAGAGACAAGCGACAUCUACACAACUAAGGAACCCAUGGCAGCGUUUCACCAACGUAUCAGUUUCUGCCUAGAUAUACACAAUUCUUCUGUAAAGGCUAUGAGAUUUCCACCAAAAUCAUAUAAUAAAGAUUUAGAAUCAGCUGAGGAGAGACGGGAGCGUGAACAACAAGAGCUAGAAAGUGCCAAGGAGAUAGCUGAUGAAGAUUUUGAUGGGUUUCCUUAGAUUGUGAUAGACUUUUAAGAUACCUGUCAAGAUUAGUAAGGUGCAUCAUGUUUUGAUAUUACAAAACCCACUGUGUCAAUAUUUUUCCAGUAAGGCCAGCUUGGUGGUGAUGCACUAAUGCUAUUAUGUCUAUUAAGUAGAAAUUUGGCAUUAAACAUAACAUCACAUAAGUUGUAUUUUUUCACAUACGUGCAACAUUUAAAUGUUCUUAUUAGCCUUGUGUUGAAAUCUCAGAAAAUUUGUAUGCAAGUGUUUAGCUUGGUGUUGAUGCUGAACUCGGAGGAUCUGUGUGAUGUUGUGAGAGAAAAUUUCUGAAAUAGAAUAUUGGAUGAGUUACUGUAGACACACAUUUAGUAUUGAUUUGUUGGAAACUUUAAGUAGUCCUUCAGCAAUGGAUGCCAGGACAGUAUAGUGCUAUUUAUGUCAUGUCAUCAUUUGAUAUGUUAACCAAAUUUUAAGUAUUUUAAGUUUUAAGAUACCAGUGUUGCAGAAUUUCUAAAUAUUUGUGAGGACAUUCAAGGCAGUAGUAAUAUUUCAAUUACGCUAUUUCUGUGAGUACUACUGUUGGAAGUAUAUUUUAUAACCAGUAAGGAAUUAACUUUAGAUAUUGAAAGCACCAUCUUCUGUCAAAAGGAACUUUACAUUAUUAAAUAUGAAUUCAAUAGGUAACACAGUCAGAUCUGAAAUUAUUUUUCAGACCACAGUCAUGAAUCAAUUAUGAAGUCAAUAUGAACACUAGUUGUAAUUUAUUAUCACAAGGGAGCUAACAAAUCAAGGCUUAUUUUGACUUUAACUUCUUUCGUAAGUUUUGCGCAAGUUUUUGAACAAUGAAUAAAUAUAAACUUGUGAUUAUACAAUAUUAUAUAAACUUGUCUUCAUCCAAUGUAGAUAAAUAUUCUUCAACAACUUGAUAGUUAGUGGUAUGAUACAAGUCAUUAAUGACUUAUUGUUGAUGAGACUAGAUGUAUGGGUGGAAAUGAAUGUAUUUGUGUUCUUUGUAAGACUUUCAAGAGAUUUUCAGGAAUCAUACAAAAAUAAUUAUAAUAAAUUCAUGAUAAACAUAUUCAAAA